AUGGCGUUGAGUAAAUACUUGGUGCGAGUGUGUUUGUGCACUUUCACCAUCAACACUCUGACAGCUUGGGCAUCAUCCAUCGCUUCCCGAACCAACGUGAACCGUCAGCUUCUCGGUUGCGGAAAAGAUCUUCCUGGCGGGCAGACUGUUGGACAGGUCUCAAACGUGACGAUAACAAGUGAUGGGAAUAACCGGAGCUACUUCAUCUUCAUCCCGCCAGCCUACUGCAAAGACACUCCGACGUCAGCAAUAGUGUCUUACCACGGAGGCGCGCGGACAGCAGAAGACCAGCUAGAGUUAGAUCUCCUGACAAGCCCAGAAUUCAACACCAAGUCGUUCGUGGUGUAUCCCCAAGGGAUUAAUAAUACAUGGCAAGGAGUGCCCGGGGUUACAACGAAUGAUCUCCAAUUCACCACAGACAUCCUCAACAAGAUCGAAAACCUGUAUUGCAUUGACCCAUCGCGGAUUUAUACGACUGGAAAGUCAGAUGGUGCGGGUUUCUGCAACCUGUUAGCCUGUGACCCAGCCCUCUCGACAACUUUUGCCGCAUUUGCUCCUGUUUCUGGAGCCUACUAUGUUGACUCUUUACCCUGCAUGCCUACGACGGUGGACCUACCAUGUUCCCCAGGAAGGCCUCAGAUUCCGGUCCUCGCUUUUCACGGCGGCAACGACACGACUAUCCCAUACACCGGGGAAGAGCGCAAAGGCGAAUGUCUUCCGAGCAUUCCUCACUUCAUCCAGGAAUGGGCGCUGCGGGAAGGACUUGGGACGACGAACAUAACGACACCGGUGGCCAAUGACACUGUCAAGUAUAGCUAUGGGGUGGGACGUGAUGCAGGCUUGGUGGCUUUGGUCUUCGACUCGGAUAUCGGCCAUGACUGGCCUAGCACAGCGCCAAAUGGCGACAACCAGCAUGCAGGUCAUCAUCCAGCCAGCUUUAAUGCUACCCUGAUCAUCUUGGAUUUUUUCCAACGUCAUCGACUGACCUAA